AGAAAAAAGGCUUUUUUUUUUAAAGUAGAUCGUUUAACGAUGGCGUCAAGUGAUAAGGUUCCGGUGGCGUGUCCGGCAAGUAACGGAGAAGGUAAGGAGCCAAUGGGAGAUCCAACGAAGACUACUACGGCGAUGCUAGAGAAAGGAACGGCUAUGAUGCAGUCUAUGAAACCGAUCAAGCAAAUGAGCCUCCACGUGUGUUCAUUCGCUUGCUAUAGCCACGAUCCUGGCCGUCAGAUCGAGGUUCAUAUCUACGGCCACCGUGUAAACCAAGACUUCCUCCAAUGUGCCGUCUACGAUUCCAAUUCCUCUAAGGCUCAUCUCAUCGGGAUUGAGUAUAUAGUGUCGGAGAAGUUAUUCGAAAGUCUCUCACCGGAGGAACAAAAGCUUUGGCACUCGCAUGACUAUGAGAUACAAAUGGCUCUUCUAGUCACUCCAAGGGUCCCGGAGCUCGUUGCGAAGCCGGAGCUUCAAAAUCUUGCCAAAUCCUAUGGAAAAUUUUGGUGUACAUGGCAGAUAGAUCGCGGGGAUAGAUUACCACUAGGUGUACCGUCAUUAAUGGUGUCGCCACAAGACGUGAAUCUCGGGAGGAUAAAACCGGAGCUGGUGAAAAAGAGAGAUGAAGAACAUGGAAUCUCGACGGAAUCGUUGAAGCCGUCACGAGAAGGGAUUUGUGGACCGGAGAAAAAGAAUCUGAUUGCUGAUUAUUGGGUCCGGUUUAGGAAAGGCUUUGCGCUUGAUGUCGUUGAGACAGAUAUGAAGAGAACAGCUCCCUUCCCGUGACUUUUUUUUGGUUGUUGUUGUUAUUUUACAUCAUAAAUUCUUAAGCUUAUAGACUAUAGUAUAGACGUAUAUAGGUUAAUAUCAUAAUGUCGUAAGAAGAAGAUCCAGAGGCAUACGUUUUUUUAUUGUUCUUAUAGGUCUGUAACGAACUAUGCAACAUCACAAAUACGAAUUUAUAAGUAUCACAAUAGUAGGUCUAUAAUGUUAUACUGAUUAUGAAAAUUUGAAUUACAUAUUGA